AAAUUUCGCCAUAGACAGGGGAGGCAAGCAGUUUUGUUAGCUUCCCAACGUACAGAAUUGACUAAAUAAAAAGAAAAAGAAUCUCAUUCUCAUUAUAACUUGAUAAAUCCUAUUUGAUUGAUUUGUUAUUAAUUAAAAAAUCCUUAGCAAUCAAUUAGCAAAUUAAAAAAAAAAAGAAGAAUGAAUGAUGGAGAUGUGUCAAGGCAAAUUCAGCAGAUGGUGAGAUUCAUCCGCCAAGAGGCUGAGGAGAAAGCCAAUGAGAUUUCUGUCUCUGCUGAAGAGAAUCAGGAAUUUAACAUUGAAAAGCUGCAAAUAGUUGAAGCUGAAAGGAGAAAGAUCAGACAAGAGUAUGAGCGGAAGGGAAAGCAGGUGGAAAUUCGCAAGAAAAUUGAGUACUCAAUGCAACUGAACGCGUCGAGAAUAAAAGUGCUUCAAGCACAGGAUGAUUUGGUGAACUCCAUAAAGGAAAGUGCGAGAAAGGAGCUGGUGCGUCUCUCAAAUGACAAAAGGGGAUAUGAAAACCUCCUCAAGGCAUUGGUUGUUGAGAGUCUGGUGAGGCUGAGGGAGACAGCAGUGUUGCUGAGGUGCAGAGAGGUCGAUCGAAAGGUGGUUGAGUCGGUUUUAGAAGAAGCAAAACGAGAUUACGCUGACAAAAUCAAAGUAGCAACCCCUAAGGUUACCAUCGACAAUGUCUACCUUCCACCGCCUCCCACCAAGGCUGAUUCCCAUCAACCUUACUGCUCGGGCGGAGUUGUGUUGGCUUCAGAAGACGGGAAGAUAGUGUUGGAGAAUACUUUAGAUGCACGCCUGGAUGUUGCUUUCAGACAGAAACUACCUCAGAUUCGAAGGUGUCUGGUGGGACAAGGAGGGCCAAGUUCCUGGUAUGGCCACGGUUGUGAAGCUGAUAAGGACUCUUCUACAUAGGGAUGGUAAUAUAACACUUUUUGCUGAUAGUCAAGUCGUGGAAUUAUGGGGAUUUAGGUUUUGAACCUGAUCCAGAGGGCAUUAAGGGUAUAUAUGUUUUGGUAUCCAAGAUAUUUUUAGGAAAAGAAUUAGCAGUUACUUCAAAUUGAUGCUUUCAUCAUGUUGUAUCAUCUAUAAAGACCUAACAGGGGCUUGGGUCGUUAGAGGCGGGAAUCUGUAUGUGAGUCAAGUAUUAAUCAUAUGUUUGUUAUUGUAACACACUAAAUGUGAAUGUUUUUUGUUACUAAGUAAUCCAUUUGCAAUGGAUUUGCAAUAUCGAUUAUGUUAGGGGGUCAUUUUUUCUAGUCUUUAUCAUUCACUAUUAGACCAACUCAAUGCAUGAGGGGUUUUCUUUUAAAGCCUGAAAAUGUUUGAAAUAUAUAUUAUUUUAUUUUACUAAUAAGGUUGUGGCUUGUGAAGUUGGAUAUUAAGGUUAUCUAAAAACUAAUAACUAAUUGAAAGUGAUGUUACGGAACCGUUUACUUUUUAAAUUUUGCACAGCUGAAUAUCAUUUGGGAUUUCUCUCCUUCAAAUGAACUCAUAAAGAAAUGCAUUGAGUUCAUUUGAAGUAACAAGUAACUACAUUUGAAAGAACAAUUCAUGUUUGAUGUACGAGUUUAU